CUUUGCCCGCGCAGGUUCGAAUCCUGCAGUUGUCGUUUUUUCUUCCUUUAUUUUAUAUAUAUUAAAUAUAUAUAGCACACUUAUUAGACUCCUUCAAAACACCAAAUGUCAAACGAGCCAGAAUUUGAGACUGUCAUCUCUGAAGCUGACGUAGAAGUGGGAGUUGUUCCUGUUCCAGCAACCAUGGAAACUGCAGAGCCAUCGGCUGCACCUGCUUCCUCUGCUUCGUCUGGUGGAUGGAGUGUGCUCAGCAUUACAGGUAUCCAGAAGUAUUUUGACUUCGAUACAAAGGAGAUCGUGGAUAGAAUUAAUCCCCGAAAUCUAUUUGUCAAGAAGAAUGAGCUCCUGAGUGCUAUUAUGAAAAAGCCCGAUUUAUAUGUUGCGUUCUGGACAAUGUUUGUGUGCAUUAUUGUCCAUGGAUGGAUUACUGCUUUAAAGGAUGACCGUGUGCAUGUAUUCUUCAACUAUUGCUUCCGUUUUGCGUUCUCAUAUAUUCUAACUCUCCUGGUUUCAGCAUCGGUAUUGUGGAUUGGUACAAUGUAUGUGGCCGAUUCUCUGAGUGUGGUGAUUUCGAUAUCUUACUCUGGAUACCUUCUCCUUCUCUAUGAGGUGGUUCGUCUGGUGUCGGUUAUAGUCUUUAUCCUUUCCAAUUUCGACCCCACAUUUUUCGGAUUUGUGCUUACCAGCGCAGCCCUGCUCUACGUGAAUUUCCUAAACAUCUUCUAUUUCUACAGCGAGAAGAACAAGACGAUCGCAGCGAUUCUGUGUGUUGCUCAUUCCUUCGUAAUUCCCGUCUGCAUGCUCCUCGCUCGGUCCUAGUGGU